UCGGAUGAACAACACAGAACAACCCGACUCCGGUUGGGUAACUACUGGUACAAGAACAUCAACUCCGGGGCCAGGCACACAAAUCUGGCAUCACAUGCUAUAGUUACUCGGUUUGAACAUCACUGACCUGAAGUAGCCAACAUGACGAACAAAUCCGACUCUCCCGUCGACAAAAUGAACGACUACAAGGGCGGUCCCCUUCCCUCUCCUGUGAUUCCUCUGCUUGGUUUCUCGUUGGGUGUUGGUGUACCAUAUGCAUUGGUAGAGUCCAGAAUAAUGUCUGGUUCUCACGCCAGCAGUGGUAACGACGCUGUGGAUUCCGUUCUGGCGACGUUGCAAUCAUUGGGUUUCGCCAGUAUCUUGUUCGCUGCCGAGUUCUUCCUGGGAGCCGCCGCCCGAUCGACUUCAACCAAGGCUUCUUUCUCUCCAGCCGCUGCUGCUGCCAGUGGCCAAAAUCCAUUCGAAGUUGUCCAAGCGAACAGGAUCCAUCAGAAUCAUAUCGAGUCCUUCUGCAUUCUGUUCCCAAGUGCCGUUGCGGCGGCUGCUGCCGGGGCUGAUGCUGCUUGGAUCCGAGCCGCGGUGAUGUCGUGGGUCGGAUUCCGAUUCGUCUACAGGCUGGGAUAUUGUAAUCAAAACAACCCAUUUUGGCGCAUUACCGGUGUGGCCGCUGCCCAGACCCAGUCCGUCAUCUGUGGCUGGUUGUGGUACAAAGCUUCCAAUCCUUAAGAUGGAUGGUUGUGUCAGCACAAAGGUUCUCACGCGCAAGAGACUCAGUUUAUUUGACCAUACAUCUCUAGCAACCUAAACUACGUAAGAUUAUCUACACCGU